UCUUUAUUGGAAGGGAAAGCCAAGGAAACUAUUGCAGGCCUUGCCCUUACUGAUGCCAACUAUUCUACGGCGAUUGACUUAUUGGAGAAGAGGUUUGGCAGCAAGGAGAGGAUUACUGCAGCUCAUAUGGACGUACUGAUGAGCCUUGAUGUGGUCUCUUCUGAUCAUCAUAUUUUCGAGCUUCGUCGCCUGUAUGACAAGACUGAGUCUACAAUUAGGAGUCUAUCUGCAUUGGGAGUACCUGUGGACUCUUAUGGAGCAUUGCUGGCUCCUGUGUUCAUAAAGAAACUUCCAUCUGAGCUCAGACUUGCUAUUGCCCGAAAGGUUCCAGCAGAUGAUUGGAACAUUACAAGGAUACUGGAGGUGCUAUUAGCAGAGGUAGACGCUAGAGAGAGGGCCUCCCUGCCUAAGACUAAACAGAGUGGUUUUACACCAAAGCGUGGAAGGGAUUUUCCCACUACUGCCACUUUUAUUGGAGGUAGCCGGAGUGGUUGCUGCUUUUGCCAGCAAGAGGACCACACACCUGCCCAGUGUACUAAGGUCACUGGAGUUGAUGAGAGAAAGCGAAUGAUUAGAGAGCAGGGCAGAUGCUUUGUUUGCCUCCGCCCAGGUCACAUUAGUAAGCACUGUCGCUCUUCAAUGAGCUGUGCUACUUGUAGAGGGAGACAUCACUCUAGUGUAUGUAUGAGGAACUCAAAGCCCAAAUCAGGCCAGAGGCCUCCUACUGCUAGAGAUGGUGCUUCCCCACAUUUGUCUAAGGGGCUUAAUCCAGAGACCCCUCCAUUUGAAGGAUCAAAUACGGGUGCCACAUUCUAUACUAGUUCUAGAGAGUCUACUCUCUUGCAAGUGGCACGCGUCUUUGCCUUCAAUCUAAUCGAGCCUGGUAAUAGAAUGUCUUUAUAUGUCCUAUUGGACAGUGGGAGCCAGUGCUCAUAUAUUACUCGAAGUGCAUGCCAGAGGUUGGGAUUACCAUCUCUGGGCACUAAAUCAGUUUCUAUAAUGACCUUUGGGUCUAGAAAGGAGUGUCGUACUGAAUGCCAUGUUGUAAAACUGGGUCUUGAGCUUAAAAAUAAUGCUCAUAUGGAGCUUAAGCUGCUCACAGUUAGCCACAUUUGUGAGCCUUUGACGUAUGAAGCCAUAGAUUUGAAUAAGUAUCCUCAUCUGAAUAAUUUGGACUUUUCUAUUCCAUUGGAUCAUUGCAAGCAGAUAAAGCCAGACAUCUUAAUUGGAUCUGAUCAGUAUUGGUCUCUACUUACAGGUGAGAUAAUGAAGAGUAACAAUGGGCCUGUUGCUCUAAACUCAUGCUUUGGCUGGAUUUUAUCUGGUACUGCUGCUGUGAAACAGUCUAGUGCACGGAGUGCUACUAUGGUCACCCAUGUUUUAAGGGUUGAUGGUGUCCAUGAAGACAUGAGCCUAGAACAUAGAUUACGUUCAUUUUGGGAGCUAGAAUCUUUAGGAAUUUUGAAGAUGAGAAUUUAG